AAAAGCGAAAAUAAAGCGAAAAAAAUGCGAAAAUAAAGCGAAAAAACAAGUGAAAAAAAAGCGACAACUAUGUUUUUGCUGUACCCUCCUAGGAAAAAAGCGAAAAAAAAGCGAAAAUAAAGCGAAAAAGAUGCGAAAAUAAAGCGACAAAAAAGUGAAAAAAAAGCGACAAAUACGCACAGCUACAUUUUUUUUGCCUUUUUGCUUGCUUUGCCUUUUGCUUUUUUUUUGCUUUGUUUUUGCUUUAUAAACUAUUUUGGCUCCUUGUAUCUAUGGCUGGCGUGCCCGACAUAACUCUAGGCCUUUUACAAGUGAAAUAUGGUUCAGCAGAAAUUGAGAGUGAAAGAUACUGUAAUACAUUGGAAUUUCUUUGGAACGCUGCUUGAUUGACAAAUCCAAACAGUGCAUGAGUGUUGAGGUCAAUGAACGGACAAGAACCUAAAUUUCAGGGACUCUCAAACGACAUGACAGAGAAACAGGGAAUGCUGCAGCUUCGAUCGGAUCAGAUUGCAGAACACGUGCAAUUGGAGUAUCAAGAGCGCUCACCUGGUGAUAUGCAGUAACCAGUCUGGCUACAUCCACAGUGAAAAAAUAAGAGGAUUUAUAUAAGAUACCUAAGGGCGCGAGGGUGUCCAAUCUGUGCUCACGACUGAUCUCAUGUGCAUUCUUCCCAUGCAUGUGCUCACAACUGUUCGCAUGCUUUGUCAGACAAUUUGCAAUUGCCGUGCAACAUCCUGCAACAAGGUGAACGGAUACAAGAAAAGGAAGGACAGAGUUCCCUUCGAUGCCACUGAGAUGAUGAAGAAGAUUCAAGAGCAUUACAAACCACCAGGAAGGGAGAUUGAUGUUGAGGUUCUCUGCAAGUUGGAAAAGUUUUUCUAUGGGGGUGCCAAGAGCUUGCUGAGGAAUCGCCGUGUGAUCCGAGAUUUUCAAGAAUUUUAUGAAGACAAGAGUUUUCGAAUUGAUGUUCCCAAAGGCGCCGAAGAGCCUUUGGAGUGCAAGAUGAAAGGUGGUGACAUGCACUUGGAGACGCAGACAGACGUGCUGCGGUUUCUCAUCAGGUCAAAGCCGCACAAGGUCUUGGAACGUCGGGGUUGCGACUUGGAAGUUACCAAAGAGCUGAGACUUCGACCUGAUGCUCAUUUGCAACCAUUUCUUAGCACAGCUGUGAAUACUGUGGAUGGACGCACGGUAGUUCUUUGGGGCCAGAAUCCUCUCUAUUCUCAGGGAGCUUCCUCCAAUGCUCGCCUCUAUGUGUCCAUUGAAGGAGAGGGCAUCGGUGAGAAAGGCCACCUCCGCUUCGCUGCUCGCGUGUCAGCGAGGCUUAGCAGUCACGAGACUUCGGUGGUGAAAGUGCACUCGACCUACACAAAGCUGAGCUUUUCUGUGGGAGUACCGACACCCGCAACUGUUCAGGAUCUUAAGGAAGGAAUCCGAGAGCUUUUGCAGUGGCCUGAAGAUCACAGAGUGUUGGUGAAGAGGCGCUCACAGCAGAAUGCUCCUCUCGAAGAUCAAGAGGUUCUCCUCGCAGAUGAAGAAGUUCUCCUUGACUGCAAAGCAGAAGGUCUAGUCGAAGUACCUAUGACACUUCGAAGAGCGAGGGACUUGCUGGCAGCCAUCACUGCUUUUGCUGGUACAGAUACCUUUAUUGAGGGCCUCACCGCCUGCUUGCAAGCUGCGGGGACUGCCCGCCAUGAGAGUCUUCUCCGAAAGCUAUGGGAGCCUGCGUGUCACAGUGCCUUGCUAUGUGGUUAUGCAGCUUCACUAGAGGGUCUGUGGUCAGCUACAGAAAGAGCACUUUGGGUGCUGCGCAAUGAGCCGGAUGUGGAGAUUCUUCAAGAUCGAUUUGGACAAUUUGGGUUUAGAGCCAGGCAACCUGUUGCGCCUUGGAUUCCCCGACGACGAAAACUACCUCGUGCAGAGGUUGAAGAAUUCUUGAUCCGCAACUGCUUGGGUCCUGCUAGUUGGAAAGAGUCUUUGCCAGAUCCUGGGUCGGAAACGGAGCCAGAAAAUGAAGCCCCUGACUUCGAGAAGCGUAGAUUGCAAAGAAUUCGUGAAGAAGAGGAGGAGAGUCGCGCUUUGCAGACUUUCUUAUUGCAUGGAGCCUCGAAAAGUUUGUCAUCAGAUAGACGCGUUCUGAAAAGAUCUGGGCCAUUUGGUGCAGCCGCCCAUCCGUUAAUGUUGCGAAGAGAAGACCAAAGAGCGGAGCUACCGGUCGAAUGUACUCUGGAGUUGCAACCACUUUUUCCAGGACAUGAGUCAAUGCAGCUAUUCACUAAGCCAACUUGCUUCCUGCGUUUCUACUCGAAUGUCAACCAACUUCGAGAUGCCCACACAGGUGGUCCCAGCCAAUUGCAACCAACUCCAGUGUAUGCAGUGGCUGUGUGCUGUCCAACUGGAGCAAAACGCGUUGGCAGAGAGGAGUGGAUGCGGCUUAGGCAUGAUUUGAUGCCUCUAUUGAGACAAGGGCCGAUUAUAUUUCUGGCGCAAGCACGCCAGCUGCUUCCCCGCCAGCUGCUCAUGCAACCAGCGGCUUCUGAGUAUCAAUCGACAAAAAGCAUUUCAGUGCGUGUAGGGCAAGCCGAGCAAAUCUCUGAAGCGGAGGAGGACAGCAGUGAGGAGAAUAGUGGUGAGGUGAUCCAAAUGGCGAAGCAAAAGGUUCAAGAAUCUCGACAAGGUGAAGAGGUUGAUUUUGACGACUUGGACAUUCUUGAUGAGCUGGAAGAAGCUGCUGCUGCUAUCCGCAAGGAACGCCGAGAGCAGCGUCGCCGGCGGCGCGCAGCACGAGAGGUUUGGAUAAGAGAAGCAAAGCUGGAAGCAAAGCGAGCGACACAUCAAUCUACAAAUGAUUCACCCGGUACCACUCAGGAGCAACCUCCAUGGCUUUGGAAGCAACUGGCAAAAGAGGCUUUCAAGCGCGGCGACUACUACCAGGCCCAACUCUUUUACACCAAAGAAGCCCAAUGCCUCGGUUUGGAGCCCUUUUCAGUUCCCUUUUCAGAUGACGGCGCGGCCAACGUUUGCAAUGAGCCCAGCAGUCACAGUCACCAGGCGGAACUUGCGACAGCUCUAUCGAACAGGGCGCUUUGCUUUACCCGACUGCGGCAUUUUGACGCGGCCCUGCUUGAUGGCCGGCGAGCCAGCCUCUUGCGUCCGAAUUGGGGAAGAGCUUGGAGCCGCAUUGGAGCUGCUGCUACAGCGCUAGGCGCUUUUGCUGAAGCUUGUGAUGCAUGGCGAAAAGCUGUACAGCUUGACCCGUGUGAUGAGGCCCUUGAAGGCCUUGAGGAGGCUUGUCGACGCAGCUCGCUGAAAGUGGCCGGGAAGGAACAGGGCAAUGAGGCUUUGCGAGCACGAGACUGGCAUGGAGCCAUAGCCUGCUUCACUGAGGCUCUUGCCGCAAUUCCCCGACAGUCUGCCACUGCAGAUGGGUACAGUUUGCUGAGAUGCAUUCUCUACUCCAACAGGUCUGGGGCAUUUGCAAGAGCAGGUCGCUGGACAGCAGCAACUCGGGAUGCUGAGUUUGCUUUAGCAGAGGGACAAACCUAUCCAAAAGCUUACACUCGCCUUGGCGUGGCGUUGCUUGGAUGCCGAGAGAAUGAAAAGGCAUACGCUGCCUUUGCAAAAGCUCUGAAAGAGGAGGAAAGAAACCAGGCAGCCAGCAAAGGAAGGCAGGCUUGCUUGCACCUGGUGCCACAAUGGCUCUCCUCCGCUGCAAAGCAACGACGGACGAAAUUGUUGCGUGACGCUUGUAGGCCAAGAAGAAACAGCCGAGUCUUUCUCCUCUCUGAACUCAGAUUUGGGCAUGCUUCGAAUGAAGCCUGGGUCCAUGGCAUUCAUGCGACCAAAUUUCUGGACGAUGUUCUCAUCCUCACAGGGAACGUGGCAGAUUCACUCAGAGCGCUGGAGCGUGCACUGACUGCGUUGCGGCCCAAAUUUCGACGCAUUUUCUACACUCCUGGCAACAAUGAGAUGUGGAUUACUCCCUUGGAGCUGCAGAUGUUUCCAGACUCCUUGUGCAAGCUAUGGGCUAUCUUGGAGUUGUGUGACCGACUUGGAAUUGAUGUGGCGCCUGCUGCAAUUUCUGAAGGAGUAUUUGUAGUGCCGCUGUUCUCUUGGUAUAACCCUGAAUUUGACACUGAAGACCCGUACCCAGACACGCAGUUCCAGCACGACAAGCAUGCGAAAUGGCCAAUGGAUCCCAAUCACCAGGUUUGGCGCUACAUGUUGGCUUUGAACAAGGCUGAGUUGAAGAGACCGUACCACGGUACAGUUCUGACCUUCUCUCACUUUGUUCCCAGAAGUUCCUUGCCCGUCUCCCGCGAGUAUGGUGGUGCAAAGGUCUCGGGCUGUGCCGAGCUCGAUGAUCAACUGCGAGAUGCAAGGAGUUCUUGCCACUUGUAUGGCCACACUUUCAAGAACUUCAGCAAGGAAAUUGAUGGUGUCGCCUACAUUAAUUAUGCGCACAAGAGCGGUGGGCAUGACGAGCCUAUUCCGUGUGUUUUCGACGGGGAGAAGAUUUGCUGCGACAUGGCUUCUGUUCACUGAGAGCAAAACGCAGAUUCUUUGGCACACCCGAUUCUUUUGCCACCUAGCCGUUAGACGAUGUUCUUGGAACCAACAGCCUACACUUCUUUUUAGUUCUGGUAUUCUUCAUGCUGAUUAAUGACCACACUUCUGACUGCGACGGAUAAUAGACUUUUGCUGCACUGGGUGGACUGCAAAGCAGCCGUCCAGGCAUCAUUGUCCCGUUGAGCAAUUCAACGUUUCGACAAAUUUUCUCGUGACAUGUGUGCGAGCUUCCAUUUCUCAGUCCUUGGUGAGUAAGUUUGUGUGAAUCCGCACCAUGUGUCACACAUGUCCGAAUAAUUUUGCGAUAUUUUGUGACAGCGGGGACGAAGUGUUCUUGCAGAUGUCCAAACAUUCUCCACCAGCGCACAUCUCGGCAAAGGGUCUGAGAGAGCGCAACUGCAUGGGGCUUUUAGCCUUGCGAAUGACAAGGAUGGCACUAAGACGGCAAGCCGUCACAAUUUAAGAAGUCUGAGGCCUAUUAGGUCAACGGUCUCUCACGGAAGCGUUGCAGCAGCGCGCUGCGCGGGUUUAGAGCUAUGCGAUAACAAGCAAGCCCAUGUUUUGACAGUUGCAAGCCAAGCAGAAGUGAAAGGAGAGUAAGGGUAGUACGGGAGUUGUAGCGGCGCUGCAGCAGAGCCUUGCAGAUCCACUCAAAAAUGUCUUGCAUA